ACCCGGCCUCCGGCUUCCCGGGAGCCCCCGCGGCCGCUGGAGGAAGCGGGCGGUCAUGGCGUUCUGCGCGCCGGGUGCCUACCUGACCCACCAGCAGAAGGUGUUGCGGCUUUAUAAGCGGGCGCUGCGCCACCUGGAGUCGUAUUGUGUUCACAGGGACAAAUACCGCUACUUUGCUUGUUUGCUGAGAGCCCGGUUUGAAGAACAUAAGAAUGAGAAGGACAUGGUGAAGGCCACGCGGCUGCUGCGGGAGGCCGAGGAAGAGUUCUGGCACAAUCAGCACCCUCAGCCCUACACCUUCCCGGAGUCUCCAGGAGGGACCUCCUACGAGAGAUACGAGUGCUACAAGGUUCCUGAGUGGUGCUUGGACGACUGGCAUCCGUCCGAGAAGGCGAUGUACCCGGACUACUUUGCCAAGAGAGAGCAGUGGAAGAAGCUGCGCAGGGAGAGCUGGGAGCGGGAGGUUAAGCAGCUGCAGGACGAAACCCCGCCCGGUGGUCCCAGCACUGAAGCUUUGCCCCCCGCCCGGAAGGAAGGCGACUUGCCCCCUCUGUGGUGGCAUAUUGUGACCAGGCCCCGGGAGCGGCCCAUGUAGAGAGGAACACGCCUCACCAGUCACGCUUGCAAGUGGAACGAGUUCCAGAACGUGUACACACUUGCCCUAAUAAAAAUAACUCCACGUGGUGA